CAUUCAAUACAAAGGAAAAAAAGACGACUCCAAGGAAAUAAAUAAAAAAAAAAGGCGAAAGGUUUCUUCGUCGAGAUGGUAAAGCUAUAAUAUGGAAAUCGAACCUUCUCCAUUACCAUUCGCUUACUACCUUACUAUCUCCGAGUACAUUUACAAGUAGAGAAAGAGACAAAGUUCAUUUUUUCUUUCGUGCUUCAUCUUAAAUCCAAAACCGUGUUGUCUACUUUCCAUAAUCUCCGGCGAGCGAUGACGACGGCGGAGGGAGAGUACUCAAAGGCCAAAACAUCGGUAUGGUGGGACAUAGAGAACUGUGAGGUGCCUAAAGGAUGGGAUGCACAUGCGAUUGCUCAGAACGUUAGUUCUGCUUUGUUGAAUAUGAACUACGGUGGUCCUGUCUCGAUCUCCGCGUACGGAGACACUAAUCUGAUCCCUCACGCUGUUCAGCAAGCGCUCUCUUCUACUGGCGUUGGCCUUAACCACGUCCCUGCAGGAGUGAAAGAUGCGAGCGAUAAGAAGAUACUAGUUGAUAUGUUACUGUGGGCUGUUGACAACCCUGCACCGGCCAACUUCAUGCUCAUCUCCGGUGAUAGGGACUUCUCCAAUGCUCUUCACCAGCUGAGUAUGAGGAGGUACACCAUUCUCCUAGCUCAGCCUCCACGUGCUUCGGCUCCACUCGUUGCUGCUGCCAAAAACGUGUGGCUCUGGCCUAGCCUUGCGUCUGGUGGUCCUCCUCUCACCAGUGCUGAAUCCUCUCGACUUGUCAACAACGCACGCAGUCUUGUCCCCAAUUACGAAGCGUUGAAAGCAGCUUCAGUAACGGAACCUCAGUCCACCAAACCAACUGGCUCAACGUCUGUUGCCGCUGGAGAUAUUAAGGAUCAGAACCAUGUUGCGAAAGUAGUACCUCAGGAUAAAAGCAGAGUAGUAGGCACAAGUGAAUCUGUUACUUCUUCUGAUAAAAUGCAUACAUCUCAGGCUGCGUUUGUACCCAGUCAAAAAACUCAGGCCAGCGUUAAAGCCAAACCAGUACAGGAAGCAAAGCUUUUGGAACCUGUGUUGUGCAGUGUCUGCCAGAUCAGCUGCGCCAAUAAGGAUGCAUAUGUAAAGCAUACCUAUGGUAAAAAGCACCGAAACAAGUUGGAGCUGCAAUGUGAACCAAAUGGUGACUAUCAUUGUCGAUUGUGCAAUGUGACAUGUCAGAGACAAGUGGUAUUUGAUUCUCAUCUGAGAGGUCAGAAGCAUGCUGCCAUGCUGAUGAGUCAAUCAGAGGGGCUCGUUGAUUCUCAGAAGCUUCAAGAGAAAGUUGUCAGAGAAAAGAGUCAACCAAGAGAACCAGUUGCAGUUACAGAGCCUAAACCAAAUGCUAACUAUGCUUGUAGUUUAUGCAAUGUGGUGUGCAACAGUCAAAUUGUUUUUGAUUCUCAUCUAAGGGGACAGAAGCACGCUUCCAUGCUGAGUCAGUCAAAGGAAGUUAUUGCUUCUAAGAAGCUUCAAGAGAAAGGUGUUGAACCAAAGGCUGUCCACGUUUGUCAUUUGUGCAAUGUGACAUGCCAGAGUCCAAUUGUGUUUGAUUCUCAUCUAAGAGGUCAGAAGCAUGCUGCAAUGCUGAGUCAGUCAGAGGCACUCAUAGAUUCUAAGAAGCUUCAAGAGAAAGGUGUGGGAGAAAAGGAUCAACUAAUUGAAGCAAUUGGAGAGUCUCAGCUGCAUUCUCAAAUGGCUCAAGAGAGUAUCAAGUGCUUAGAGAAGCAUGUUGCCAUGGUGAAUCAAUCUGAGGAGCAGGCACUCAUUAAUUCUUGGAAGCUUGAUGAGAAAGUUGUCCAAGAAAAGGUUGAGCCAAUAGAAACUAUUCUAGAACCUCACUCGCAGUUUCAAAACCCUCAAGAGAACACCAUGUUCCUUGAGAAGCCAAACAGAGAGGUCAGAGAGGCAUGUGGCACCACAAAAAGCAGUGUAAUAGAAAAAAAUUCAAGUACCAAAGACUGGGUUGAGACUUCUUUCUUCGGUGACCUCUUAUGUGAUUCUAAAGCACCAGAAGAAUCAAGAACUUGUCACAGAGAAUGUUUUGUAAACCUGUCUGGAGGAGCAACUGAGCAGGAAAAGAAGGUGAUGGUACCCCAAUCAACAGUGCAGCCUGGUUUUGUAGCCAGUGAUGGUGCUAAGUCCAGCGUUUCAACCAAACAUAUAACGAAGGAAACAAAUGUUCGGCCUGUCUUGUGCCAUGUCUGCCAGAUCAGCUGCGAGAGCAAGGUUGCAUUUGCAAAUCACAUCUUUGGGAAAAUACACCAGCAGAAGUUGGAGAGCAUGUCUGAGAGAGAAGCCAGCCUUAAGAAGGAGAAUGCAGAAAGAUUGAAGAAGAUAUUGAUGAAAGACAAUGCCGCCUUUUAUUCUCAGAACCAUGAUGCCGGAGAGGCUGCCAAGAGGGAAGAGGCUAAGGUCCAAGCUGAUAACUUCUGGACCAGACUUUGGGGGAAAAUGAGUUAAAAAAGCCUUGCUGAAUAAUUAUCUGAUUUAAAACUGUAGUUUAUGGUCAACUACAACAUUAUAUGUAUGUUUAGUUGGUGUUCUAAUGAGACUGAGAGAAUUUAACGUUUAAAAGUAACUAUAUCUUGACCCGUACGACCGCACGGGUAUUAAUUUUCAGUUUUAGUUUUUAUUUAUUUAUACUAAAUAAUAUAUUUAUAAUA